GAAUUCUCGCAUCUUCACUCGUGCUUCCAUCGCGCGGCGCGUGCCUUGCUCAAUGUCGGCUGGACUUGGAACAGAGGUCGUUGGAAUCGUCAACAAGCUUCAGGAUGCCUUCAGCGCUGUGGGUUCCUCGGCCGCAGCCAUAGAUUUGCCCCAAAUAUGCGUGCUCGGCAGCCAGAGUAGCGGGAAGAGUAGUGUGCUUGAGAACAUUGUUGGACGCGAUUUCCUUCCCAGAGGGACGGGUAUUGUGACGAGGAGACCCUUGGUCCUGCAACUGAUCAAUCGACCCGCUGGUUCGAAUAAGGAGGCGAACGGUGUAGACAACAGCUCGGACAAGGCCGCGAACGCCGACGAAUGGGGCGAGUUCCUCCACCUCCCCGGCCAGAAAUUCUACGACUUUUCCAAGAUCCGCGACGAGAUCGUACGCGACACGGAGGCGAAGACGGGGAAGAACGCGGGCAUCUCCCCCCAGCCCAUCAACCUGCGCAUCUUCUCCCCGACCGUGGUCACCCUCACGCUUGUCGACCUGCCCGGGCUGACGAAGGUGCCCGUAGGCGACCAGCCGAAGGAUAUUGAGCGUCAGAUACGCGAGAUGGUGCUCAAGUACAUCUCAAGGCCGUCCUGCAUCAUCCUUGCCGUCACGGCUGCCAACACCGAUCUCGCGAACUCGGACGGGUUGAAGCUGGCACGCGAGGUGGACCCAGAGGGGUUGCGUACCAUCGGAGUGCUAACAAAGAUUGAUCUCAUGGACAAGGGCACGGACGUACGUGACAUUCUCGCAGGACGCAUCAUUCCCUUGCGGCUCGGAUACAUCCCAGUGGUGAACCGUGGUCAACGUGAUAUCGAGACCGGGAAGGCUAUCCAGGCUGCACUCGAGUACGAGCGCGAAUUCUUCGCGAAUCAUCCGGCAUACGCAGGCAAGGAGGCCUACUGCGGAACUCCAUACCUUGCACGGAAACUCAAUGGCCUUCUCAUGCACCACAUCCGCGCGACUUUGCCUGAUAUCAAAGCACGGAUAUCCCAGCAACAGUCGAAGUAUAACGCGGAGCUACAAUCGCUGGGCGGUCCUACAGCAGGCAAUGACGGCAACGUCGUGCUGAACGUCAUCACCGAGUUCACGAACGAGUUUAGGACAGUGAUUGAUGGUAACACCAAUGACCUGUCCUUGAACGAGCUGUCUGGCGGUGCUCGUAUAUCUUUCGUCUUCCACGAGUUAUUCAACAAUGGCAUACGGAGUAUUGAUCCCUUUGACCAAGUCAAGGAUGGCGACAUUCGGACGAUCUUGUAUAACUCUUCGGGUUCUACACCAGCCAUCUUCGUUGGCACCUCAGCCUUCGAGAUCAUCGUCAAGCAGCAGAUCCGACGACUGGAAGACCCGGGCCUCAAAUGCUGUCAACUCGUCUACGACGAGCUGAUCCGCAUCCUUGGCCAACUACUUACGAAGAUGCAAGCCUUCCGCCGAUACCCCGCGCUGCGCGAGCGCUUCAACCACGUCGUCGUCAACUUCUUCAAGAAGUCCAUGACACCCACCACGAAGCUCGUCUCCGACCUCGUCGCCGCGCAGGCCUGCUACGUCAACACCACGCACCCCGACUUCCUGAACGGUCACCGCGCGAUGGCAAUCGUGAAUGAGCGGCUUGCGGCGGCCCGUCCACCGCCGCCGGGGGCAGAUCCGAAGUCGGGGAGGCUGGCGCCGGGGACGAUCAACAACAACCGGGAUCUGGACGUGGACGCGAAGAAAGAGGAGCCGAGCUUCUUUGGGUCGUUCUUCUCAAGCGCGAGGACAAAGAGGAAGCCAGCGUCGGGGGCGAGCGUGAUGGAGGCGCCGCCGCCAGUGAUCAAGCCGCAGGCGGCGCUGAACGAGCGGGAGACUAUGGAGACGGAGGUGAUCAAGCUCCUCAUCCACUCCUACUUCAACAUCGUGAAGCGGGAGAUGAUCGACAUGGUCCCGAAGGCAAUCACGCUCAAGCUCGUCGCGCACUCGAAGGACAAUCUGCAGCGCGAGCUGCUGCAGGAGCUGUACAAGCCCGAGGUGCUCGGCGAGCUUCUCAAGGAGAGCGAGUACAUCGUGAACCGCCGGAAGGAGGUCAUCGGCAUGGUGCAGGCCUUGAACAAGGCGGAGGAGAUUGUGUCAGGCGUGUAGAUGGGGGACCCUGUUAUCGUUUGUAUCUUCCGCACUUUUUAGUCGCUAUUGUAAUACCCUUUUGGAUGCAUGCUUUCUGUUUUCCGUCAAGUAGGGUCUGACAUCCGCUGGAGGGCG